AAAGGAGUCACGGAAUUUUAUGGAGAUGGAUCUUGGAAACGUUUAUGCCGCCGAGCGGAUACUCAAGAAGAGGGAAAAAAGGGGGAAGGUGGAGUACUUCGUGAAAUGGAAGGGCUGGAGUAAGAAAUGGAACACGUGGGAACCAGAGGAAAAUAUUCUCGAUGUGAGGCUAAUUGAACUGUACGAGGAGAGCCAAAAAGGGAGUGACAUUGCUCCAAGAAGGCCCAGAAGAGCAGACACACGAUAUAAUGAACAAAUCCUGGCGAAUCUGGUGGUGGAGGAGGAGCCAGGUGGAGAUGAGAGAGUGGGUGAGGACAGUCAGGAUGAGUCAGGAAGUACCUCAGCCCAACGACUGAAUCCAGUACCAGACGAGGAUACAAUUGCCAGUUCCCUGGAUGGUCAUGAGUCUCCAACACCUCCAGAUCUGUCAGUAUCAGCUUUCAGUGUCGAUUCAGACAGCUCCAACAGCAGCGUCGACAUACCUCUUCUGCCAAGGCGAGAGCCAGGAAUAAAGAGAAAAUCUGAGGUGCUGAGCAAAGAGUCUGGAAAAAUUGGCAUAACCAUCACAACUAGUCCCAGCAGUGGAGGCAGCAGUCCACCACCAAGCAAAUUACCCAGGUUAUUACCCCUCAAGGGAAAUGCCACAUCGUCUUCUUAUCACAAUCACAAGGUGAAUGGUCGUCGGCCGUCUUCUUCGUCGGUUAAAUCUACUCCAGAGGAGCCCUCGCCAGCUGUACCUACGACACCAGCUCCUGCCCUUCAGGACAAAAAACGCCCUGAAGCUGAUGUACCUCAUGGUCCACCACCUUCCCUUCCACGUGCACCUCCUCUACCGAUAUCACCACAGCUUGACACACCACUGGAGCAUCCACCGAAAAAAAGACCGCACGAAAAAUUGGAGAAGUCAAAUGGUGUUACAGACACCAAUGGACACAAAUCACCAUCACCAACAGACGUUUACACUAACAACAACAGGUUAACGUCGAUAAUUAAUGGGCAUCACAACAACAAUACGACGUGUAUCAAACCACCUGAGCUUAUUAAAGCCGAGGACUACAAGCCCCUCAGUCCAGGCACUGAUUACUGGCACUCGAUUACUCCUGUUGCUGAUCAAGUAUUUAUCACUGAUGUCACUGUUAAUCUUAAAACUGUGACAAUCAGGGAGUGCAAGACUGAGAAGGGCUUCUUCCGGGAGAGGGAUCCCAAGAGUGAUGUCUAUUGAAGUUGACGUUGAUAAUUACUAGGGAUUUUUUUUCUCUCGUUUUUGCUGGUAGAGGGGGCGAGGGGAUUGACGAUGAAAAUGAUCAGUUGAGGUAAUGAGAGGUUGUUUCCGGGAUUUCAUCGGGGUUACGGGAAUAGGCCAUGGGAACUUUUUUGUGGGGAAUUCAAUUUCCCAGAGAAAAGUUUAUUUGGCAUUCUUUGAUUGGAUCACUCGGUUGGAAGAUGAUCGGGAAAAUGUCGGAGUGCAUUUCGAAAGUCGGGGGCGUUUUUGGCAUUUUUUUAAAUUUCAGUGGAGUGGGUGGGCGGUGGGGGAAAGGGGUAUAAGAACUUUUUUGUGGGGAAUUAAAUUUUCUGCAAAAUGUUUAUCUGACGUUUUUCGAUUCGACAGCUUGUUGGAUAGUUACAGGGAAGUUUACGGGGGAUUUUGAGUUGUUUGAGGUGGAAAUCAAUCUCUCUAGUCAAUUGAUCGGAAUUUAAUGUCGAUUAAUUGUCCAUCUCGCCAGUUUGUCUGCGAGAUAGAUCGUAAAGAUAAAUUAUAAGAGUGAAAUUCAACCGAUUGAUUGUAAAUAUAAAUUAUUUUCACACUACAAUUGAGGUAAAUUCGGUGGUAAAAUUACCUCUCGAAUAAUUGUUUCUCAUUCGCGUGGACAACCCCCAAGGGAGUGUAAUUGUUAUCGUAAAGACCUUUUUUUUAAUUAUUGAAGAUAUUUUUCAAGUAUUACACGAGAAUUUGAAAUUUUUUUAUCAUUAUUUUGUACAUAGAAGGGGCUUGAUAGUUCUAGAGCGAGAUCUGAGGGGCGUGAGUCCUGGUAAAUACUAUAAACAAUAUUAUUUUCAAAAAUUACAUUUUUUAGAUCAAUAUUCUGGCGAAAUCAUCCCAUAAAUUUAUCCCCAAACUCAUUAUUUCAGUCAAUGGAAAUGAAGAGAAUGAAAAAUCAAUCAAUUAUUCCUCCUUAAUUAAUAUCUAUCAAUAAUUCUUUCAUUCCAUUCAAUGCAAAAAAAAACAGAGAAAUGUCCCAGGAAUGGGCAACAUUUUUAAAAAUAAAAAUAAAGCCAGUGGUUAUUGAGACAAUCGAUUCUUCUUGGGGAGUGAAAUUUAUUCGCUCUCUUCAUUUCCCAGAAUUUUCUCCCGACAAAUGCAAUAGGAGAUGAUAAUCAGAAUAAUUUAACCAUCAAAUUGUUUAUUAUGUUUUUUUAGAAAGCUAAUGAAGUUAUUUUUGUCAGUCGAUUUUAAAUAGUUGUUGGAGUUUUUAUAGAAGGAAAAAAAAAUCGAGUGGAUUUUUUUUAUUUAGUUUUUCAUCUGUUUCUCGUUGAGUUUUUAAUUAUUUUUCAUUCGAGGGGGAGGGGGAGAGUGAUUAUAGAUUUUGCGAGCAUAUCUCGAAAGAAGGGACGAGAAAAAUUGAGGGGUUGAGGGUUUUCAAGUGAUUACCCACUAAUUCAUUCUAAUUCCACUUCAACUAAAUCCUCUAGACGAAGUAUUAAAAAUUAAUAACAAAUUCAAGUAAAAAUGAUCAGUGACGAGCCAGAAACUAUUUUGAAUGCCCUCAGCCCAGUCACGACCAAAUUGUUACACAACCCAGAGUAAAAUCAUCUCAAAAAUUUUAUUUAUAUAAAAAAAAA